AUGGCGAAAGUUAGGAAGGUAUUUGUCACUGUGGGAACAACAAGUUUUGAUCGCUUAAUUGAAACAGUCACUAGCAAAGCAUUUUAUGAGCUGUUUGAAAACCUUGGCUAUGGCUCUGUUGUUCUACAAAUAGGAAGAGGUGUUUUUGAGCCAGAGACCAUAGAUAGGAAGAAUUUUUCAAUGCAAUACUACAGAUAUAAAGAUUCAAUAGCUGAAGAUAUACAAAGUGCUUCACUUGUGAUCAGUCAUGCUGGAGCUGGAAGUGUCUUAGAAACUUUACAAGCAGGACGACCACUAAUUGUUGUAAUCAAUGAACUUUUGAUGGAAAAUCACCAGUUGGAGUUAGCAAGUCAACUUGCUGAAAAUGGUCAUUUAUAUUAUGCUACUUGUAGCACACUAGAAUCGAUCAUAAGAGAACAGAAUUUGUCAAAACUGAAACACUUUCCUUCUGGCAAACCUGAACUGUUUUCGUCAUUCUUGGACAAGGUCAUGGGAUUUGAUGAUUCAUGACUAGUGCUUUGUUAGCAAAUGCUCAGUAGCACCAUGAAUACUGAAUAAUGGUUUUGUUGAGCUGAUGUGGAAGACAAGACUCUUGUAAUCAAGGAA